CGACGCGUCGACGCCGCCGCGUUCCUGAAGUGCGACCGCGCCACGCGCGUCGGUCACGCCGUCCGCGAUGCUCGCACCGCGCGCGGUCCUCGCGCCGCGCGUCGCGCGCGCGUCUCGUUCAUCGGCGGACGGGAAACAACAACCUUCGUCCGCCCGAACUACGACCACGUUUUUCCAACGCGCGCGCGCGACGAGACGUCGCGAGCGCGCGUUGCACGUGAUGCGCUUGUACCCGGACGCGGGCUUCGUCGCGAAAGUGCAAUCGAAAUUCCCAGCCCAAGGCGUCGCGUCCGCGGAAGAAGGCCGAUGCCUGUGGGACGACGGCUACGACAUCCUCGACGUCCGCGCCGAGUCCGAGAUCGACCACGCCGGGAAGUGCCCAAACCCCCCAGCGCCCGGCGCCGCCGCGGGGACGCGCGUCACGCGCGCGUGUCUCGUUCACGCCGAGCGUCGAUACGACCCUGAGCUCAGGGAGAAGGUGUACGCGCAGUCGGGCGUGAACCCUUCGUUCAUGGCGGACGUCGAGAAGGCGUUUCAGGACAAGAACGCGAAGAUCAUGGUCGUGUGCGGCGACGGUCGCACGCGAGCGACGCGCGCGGUGGAGUUGAUGCGCGCGGCCGGGUACGAAAACGUCGUCAGGCUGGAGGGCGGGUUUAACCUGUGGGCGAGAGCGUGGGAUCAGACGAUGCGACGGAGGAACCUGCCGGGGAGCUUCUCGCGCGGGUUCGACUCGCCGAUGUUCGCGGACAGUAACGUCACGGGGGAGGUGUUUAACGUGGAGUGGAAGGACGCGACGGAGUGGGCGGUGUGAUGAGACGAAGCUAGUACAAAGUACUGUACCAUCUUUUGUUUCGCUCU